AUGAAUGUUCUAGAUUCUACUGCAUCGAUUGGCUCAUCCAUAAAGCGGUAUACAAAAUUUAUUACAUCUUCUGGAUUGGAAAGACUUCUUUUAUAUGAAUUGAAUAAAAUCACAAAAAAUUUGAAUGUAAUAUCCGGAGGAAAAUCCCAUAUAAGUGCACUGUGCACAGUGAAUGAGAUUUGGACAAUCUUGUUAAAUAGUCGAAUUUGUAAAGAGAUAUGGAUACAUGUACGAGAUCCAUUCGUCCUAAAGCAUCAAAAAAAUCUUUUUAUGCAAUUGAAUAGUUCUGAUUGGGGCUUAUUCAUACCAUUCUCAUCCGAACUACCCAAGCCUUAUACCAAGGUUAUAUCGUCUAACUCCGUUGUAAAAAACACAAUGUUAAUUCAAAGUAUUGUACGUGAUGUAAUAAAGGGACACUGUCAUAGAUCAGUUCAACUUCAGGGUGAUCAUUUGCCAAAAGUUCUAGAGAAGCACGGUUAUACCCCAAUACCUCCGAAAGUUAUGAUAACAUUGGAAAACAAUUUGUGUAAAGUAUUGGUAAAUGCAUCUGGUGAUUUAUCAGAAAGGCCGUGGCAUAAAUUUUCUUCUAUACCAGAUAGACUAGAAUCAAAUGCAGCAGCUGCGAUAUCGUAUGAAAUAUUCAAAACGUAUAAUUAUAACGAAAUUAAAGAAUUUACCAUAUGGGACCCGUUUUGUCAUAACGGAUCACUACUCAUGGAAUUGUAUUCUAUUCUUUCUGGUACUUUCAGAGUUAUAUGA